GGGCUCUCGGGUGUCACUUUCACGUUCAAAAUUUUUGAUUUGAGCAAGAAGUCUUGGGUUUGGUUGGAUGCCUUGUGUGAAUUGAUAGCUCCUAAAUGUUAUUCUGGUUUCGCUGUCAUAUUGAUGUAGGGGCUAAUGGAUGGCUGCUAGCGCAUCACAUAAAAGGUAUAAACCAUGGAGGCUGUUUAAAAGACGCGAUGCAAUAACAUUGCCCAAGGCUGUCCUCAAAGUUGACAUAACAGAAUCAGCUGGCGAAACCUUAUCGGAAGAAGUCGAAAACUUUUCUUCAAUUUGUUGUAACUUUGCCCCUGAUGAUAAUCAGAUUUUUACUUCUUUGGGAACGUUCAACCAUUAUGUUAGAAGUGGUAGAAUCCCGUGUGGUUUUUUGUCAGUUUGGGAGAUUGAUGAUGGUAAGAUAUUUGACUUAGGAUGCAUGUUUACAUAUGCUCCUGUGCCUUACCCCCUGUUUUCAUCAUGUGGAAACUUAUGCUGUGCUAUAAUGAAUGGUUUUCAAGGACAACUCUCUGUUGUUGGAUACUCGUAUAAAGACAAAGAAAAACUGUUUGGUUGCACUCCAUUACCUUGCAUAGGCGGUAACUUAUGUGGUAAAAGUAUUUGUUUGGUUGUGGACCACACGCAUGCGGUCACCAUUACAGACUUAAAAAUGCAGAAUAAAUUGGUGGAUUGUGUUUUUUCUAUGUGGAAAGUUCAAGGAAACUUGAUGUUAAAACACUUUUGGAUGAAAAAAUUGGAUCAAAUUUGUGAACAUCUUUCGUCUGGUGAUUACUUGAUGCAAUGUAUGUUUUCACCUUGUUCAAAUUACGUUGCUCUUCUCAUGUCAGACGGUCAUUUCACAAUUACUGAUGUUUGUGACUGUGAGAAAAAAGAGUUUACAUCAAGAACAGUAAACUUGUUGCCACUUAUUGGUGUGGAAAACAGAAUCAAACAGAAAAUAAUAUUUUCAUUUAAUCCAUUUGGUUCUUUUCAAAUCAUCUUAAUUGGCUACAACAAGACAUUAUUUUUCAUAAAUCAUACGAAUGCCAAGGUUCAAAAGCAACAUUUGAACCUACUGAACGAUAACGAGUGUAUAACGCACGUAAAAUAUUCCAACAACGGUGCUUUUCUAGCAGUAUGCUCAAGUUAUGCCAAAGUUUAUAUUUUUUCACCACUAAACGAGUAUAACCUACUGUAUGUGUUAUCAUCUUUUGACGUUUCUGAAGGUGUAAGUGCGAAUUAUGCUUCAUUUUCUUCCAGUUCCCAAGAAUUGAUUGUUUCGUCAAGUGCAGGCUUACUUACGGUUUGGCAAUUACCAAGAAUGACAAAGUUAAAGGAAAUUUGCCGUCUGAAACUGCUAACCUGCAUAACUAGAGAUGACAUUGAAAAUCUGGACAUACCUGAAAAUUUGCGACAAUAUCUGUAUUUUAGACAUUUAUAGAAAGGAUUUUUUUUAACCUGAACGGUACCAAAUAUUUGCGUUUGAGCGUCCCGGAAUGACGUCAUCCGAAAUAAUGUAUUUUUGCGAAAAACGUUAUUUUUCUAAAAAAAAAUUGCGGAUACCGAACAUUUGAUAGUUUUAUUAGGGUCAAAAUCAAAUUAGCUUUUAAAAAUGAAUGUUCAGUUUACUCUCGUUUAUUUCAAACAUCGCGCUAUCUCGAAUUUUUGUCUGGUCUAUUCAGAGUUUUAGAUAGCGGGACUGGACUGUUUCCAAACGAACAACGAAGGAACUGUAGGUUAGGACACAGAAAGAAGUAAGUGCGCAGAAAUGGAAAAAAAUGCUGUAUUUUUGCGCAUACAAAAAUGGAAAAUUUUCGCAGAAUGGUUUAUAUUGUAUAAAGCAAGUUAAAACAACCGUAUAAUCUUCAGAUGUGCGAUUUGUAGACCAAAAAUUCUCGCGAGAGUUAUUGGUUUGCACAAGAGAUAAUUUUUUGCAAAUAAAACGUUUUUAUGCAAA